AUGCUUAGCAUAACAAAAUUUAAUUAAAAUCAAAGCAAUAAGAUAGAUGUCGAAUAAAUAGUAGAGUUGUCAUUGAAAUAUAUUCUACAAUAAAUAUUUGAUAAAAAUGUAGAAUUUAUUUACUUUAAAAUUUAAAUUGAUGAAAAAUAUCGAAUAUAAAUUUAAAUUUAUGAAAAUUUAUAAUGCGUAAUUUCUUUUUUAUAAACAUUUUUUUGCUCUUUUAAAAAUAAGCCAAGGCAAUACAAAACCAUUUGUUAAUAUAAUUCAAAUUAUAAUAUAAAAUAAAAUUAAAAAAGAAGAGACACUCACUUGUAAAGUAAGAAAAAAAUAGACUGUAAUCAAUUCUCAAUACAAAAAUAAGAUAAAUAGGAUAGCACAUAAAAGGAGAAAGGAAAAAAAAAAAUGGUAAAUUGUUAAAAGUGUAGGAAAAGUGAACCAUUAAAUUUAAUAUGCCUAGACCCGAAAUGCGGUCCUUAGUAGAAUCUAAAUUUAAUUUGCUGCACAUGUCAUAACGCUGCUUUAAUUCAUCACACAAUUUCAAUAAAUAUGUUCUUAGAUAUAGCUUUUAUUGCUACUUAGAGCUGGAUCGACAGUAAAGAAUAGACCAAUAGUCUUAUUGCUGAAGUUGAAAAUUUAAUUUAAAAAUUAUAGGAAAGGAAAGCAAAAAUGGUUUAAUUUUUAUCUUACUAUGAAAAAAGUAAGCACAAGUAUAAUAAACUUUAGAAUUUGAUUCAAGAAUUUCGCUACUAAAUAAAUGAUCAGUCCUAUGAUGAAUACGAAGAAUUUGAAGAAACAUUCCUUGAGAUAAAAAACCAUUUUAGCUUUGUACCUAGCAAUCCUCGUUUACCAAUUAAGUUAAAUUCAGAAUAAUCGCUAGACGUUAUUCAGUCUAACUUAUAAGAAGAAUUGGAUGAAUUCUCAAGAAGCUAUCUUCAAUUAUUAGAAAUUAGAGAUGAAGAUCUAAAGCAGCUUUUAUAAUAGCAAAUAUAAUCUUAGCAUACAAAUAGCUAUAAUUAGAAUGGUAAUCACAACAAUGUUGCAAAAAAUAGCACUUUUUCUAAUAAUUUAAAAGUAAAUAAUCAUCUUAAUGGUAAUCUAUAAGGUUAAAAAAUUACUUAUAGUGCAAGUAGUGGUUCAAACCAGUAAAAUUCUAAAAAAUCUUCUACAAAUUUUAUUACUUUGCAGUAGUAGAUUCAAAAUUUAUAUGAGCCUAAAGAAAUGCUAGACUAUGAUGAACUAUACUCAAAAAAUUGCAUAGACAUUGGAUUUAAGGUAGUUCCCAAAUAUGUAGAAGACAGAAAAAAUAUAGAAAAGUCAUCAAAUGAAAGUAUUAAAAAGAAUGGAGUAGAGGAACCAAAUAAAAUUUAUUAGAACUAAAGCAAUAACUCUACUUCCAUUUCUUAGAAUUAAGUUACAGACUCAAAGACACAAACAAAAAUGGAAAUAGAAUAGACAACUAAUUCCACCUUAUAAAGCGAAAACCACAACCAUGACAUAUAAGUAAAAAGUUAGAAAUUAAAUAAUCAAAAUACAAUGGAAAUUGAAAAAAAAGACGAAUUAAAUUUAGAGUAGAAGUAAUAAUAUUUAAAUCAAGAAAACAAUCAUAGUGAGAAUAAAAAUGAAAAAGAUUCAAGCUAUUAACAAUAAUUUGAUAAAUAGGUAUUGAGCUUAGAAGAUUAGAGAGAUAAAAAAGACCUCAUACAAUAUUUUGAUUCUGUUCAUCAGAAAACAGUUAGCAAUAGUAACUUAAGUUUAGCUCAGUAAUAGCAGCAAUAAUAAAUAAAUAAAUUAGAAAAAAAAAUACUAACCAGAAGUGCAUCUGCAACAAACACUAACAAUUAAGGAACCACUAGUGUUGCAUAAUUUACAAGUUAGCCCACUUCCCUAACUUCAAUACCACAAGCAAACAAUGCUUCUCCUGAAAAAGAUAAGGAUAAGGAUAAAGAAAAAGAAAAAGAAAAAGAAAGAUAAAGAGAAAAGGAAAAAGAAAGAGAAAAUGUAAAAUAAUAGCUGAAAGUAGAAAAGGAUAUUGAACAAAUAAAUUAUAUAAAUAAAAAAGCAGAUUCUUACUCAAAUAUUUCUUAAUCAAGCAAAUAAAAUAUAGAUUCAAAACAGUAAUUCUCUUAAAGGAGAUAUUAAAAUAAUGAGGAAGAUUAAGAUAUGUCAUCAAAUAGAAAGUAUAGAGGUGAGUCAUCUGAAGAUGAAGACGAUGAUAACAAUGAUGCUCAAAAAUCUUAAUCAUUUCCAUCAGGUAAAAAACCUAAGUACAUAAAAAAAUAUGAUAGAAAAGGAUAAGAUUAUUUGAAAACUCUCACUGAAGAGUAAAUUGACGAGUUAAUACAAGAUUAUAAUCAUUUAAAAAAUUGGAGAGAAGUAGAAAAGAAAUGGGGAAUAUCUAAGUACCACAUUAUUAAAUUUUUUAAAGAGAAAAACUAUAUUUUAACAUCUUAAGAUGAAAACGAUUUUGAUACAGAAUCAAGGUGA